AAAUAGGUCACUAGAUCACCUACCUGGUAUCACCAUGUUGGAUUGAAACAGAGACUAUGGACCCAAGUAGAAGUACCCAGGAUGUUUUAUUAUGUCAUCUUUGUGAGGUGCAUGUUCCUUCAUAUCAUUGUGAUUUUUGCCACUCCAACCUAUGUAAGACCUGUGCUGGAAAACAUCUCUUGGAUGAAACUAAAGAACAUAGAGUGUUGCCAAUCAAACAGCAAAAAUCGACUACUGUUCACCCAACAUGUACAAAACAUGCCACAAACAAAUAUGAAUUCUUUUGUAAAGAGUGUAAAAUUUCUAUUUGUACAAGAUGUGUGACUACUGGUGACCAUCAAAAACACAAAUUAAUCGACUUCUUUGAAAACAUUCGAAGAAACAAGGGAGUCAUUCGAAAAGAUUUAAAGGAAUUGGAGAAUAGCAUAUACCCCAGGUAUCAGGAAAUUGCAUCGAGUAUCUCAUCUCGGAAAUCUGAUUUGAUGGAAAACUCCAAGAAAUUAAAAAUAGCUGUUUUUGAAAGAGGAAAGGAUUGGCAUAAAGAAAUAGACGAAAUCGUAAGGAAACUUGAAUCUGAUGUCGAUGAAAUGGAAGCCCAACAGUUAGAUGUCCUAAACGAACAGGAAGAUACAGUGACACGCAGCAGUUCUGAAAUCUCACAAAGCAUUGCUGAUCUGACGAAAUUAGUGGACUCUGAUGACAUUAACUCUGUCUCUUCAUAUACAUCUAGAAAUGAAGAAUUUAGACAAAUGUCUCCUCUACUCAAGAUUUACUUGCCAGUUUUCUCACCUCCAAAGAUCGACAGAGAACAACUCUUUAAAGAAUUUGGAUCUAUAUCAGCUCUUUCCAUCGCAGCAGAAGAAACUAUCUGCCCUAUGAGUUCCACAGGAAGUGACUCGUCUUCCGCCGUUAGACCACUGCUAGAUGUACCGCAGAUCAUCGCAACUAUAGACACUGGAUGUACUUGUCUUUUUGAUAUCACUGGAUUAAGUGACGAAAAAAUAUGGGCAAUGGGAGAGUGGUCGAGCGAUGGACAUUUCUCCAUAAAACUGUAUAAUUUCGAAGGGGAAUUGUUGUUUUCAUUUGGCAUAAACUUUUUGUCUUAUAUAGCGUUGACAAAGAGUGAAGAUCUUGUUUUUAUAGAUACAACAAAUAAGAGAUCGCUUAAUUUGUGUCACAUAAAAAACAAACAAGUUGAAGAGGUGAUAAGAUUUGAGACAUGGUUACCUGUCAAUGUCUGCAGUACCUCAUCUGGUGACCUAUACAUUAUAAUGAUGAGUAGCUAUGAUCUAAAACAAACAAAAGUUGUGCGUUACGCAGACUUCAAAGAGAAACAAAGCAUUCAGUUUAAUGACAAAGGGCAACCUCUCUACUCUUAUGAGCCUAAUAAAUUCCUAUGCGAGAACAGCAACCAGGAUAUCUGCGUAUCUGAUAGCGAGGCUGGUGCAGUUGUGGUGGUAAAUCGAAAUGGAAGACUGCGAUUUACAUACAACGGUCCAUCUUCUACAGCUGAGAGAUCAUUUUGCCCGUAUGGCAUCACAACAGACAGUCACUGUCGGAUCCUGACGGCAGACAGUGAUGACAACUGUAUUCACAUCUUGGAUCAAGACGGACAUUUUCUUCGAUAUAUAAACAACAUUGAUAUAGACUAUCCAUGGGGUUUAUGGGUAGACAAAAAAGACAACCUCUUCGUAGGUGAAUUUUCUUCAGGAAAAGUAAAGAAAAUAAAAUUUAUCAUGUAAAUAAGUUAUCUUCAUAGUUAGAGAGGAAAAAUAUUUGACUGUAGCAGUGCAUGUAUAUGAUAUAAACGAACGUUUCAGUAUUCAAAAACAAUGUUUAACUUAAUUGUUUAUAACUGUGCAAUUUUUAUUUACAUGUAUUAAAAUUCGUGUAAUAGGCAAACUGCAUGCAUGCCUUUAUUGAAAUUAAAUACACGAGGUGGCCAUUUUUAUAUUAAAUGUAAACAUAAAAAUUGAAUUCAGAAGUUUGUAAUUUUAUAGUGUUGGGUUUUGAAAUAUUAAAAACAAAACUGGAUAGUGUCAAAAUCAAUGAACAUGAAUAAUAAUGUAUUUUAAAUCAGCAUUAAUUGUUGUUGUGACCUACAUAACGAGCCCAUAAUAUUUAUGACCUUCAUAAAUUUCCGCGCGGGAGGUUUAACGUUCUAUUCGCUGUAACAAAUUGUACACAACCAAUUGCGCUUUACGGUAAAAGAACAAUCACACAAAAUAAUUAUAUGACUUUCCAAUUCAAAUGAACUCUAAUCUUUCAACUAGAUAAUCCAAGAUUACAUGCAGUGCUCACCGAGAAUAGGCAUUAU